AAAAAUGUUUGUUUUUUAAUAUAUAAAAAAAGAAUGGCUGAUGAAGAUUAUGAUUCUAUUGUUGUGACAGAUACUGGUGGUGGAUCAAAAAAAGCUGGAAGUUUUUCCUCAUGGCCAACAGAAUUAUCUGAGCGGAAAUGGCAAAUUGAGAGAUCAAAUCUGCUAAAUAUAGCAAAAAUUUGUGUCAAAACUUUAAUAGAAAGUUCCUUAUCAGCAAAAACUGGAAGAGUUCUCACUGACGAUUUUUCUCCAUUAUUGCAUUUUUUUGUUAUAAUUGAACAUAUUCUGCGUCAUGGGAUGAAAGCUAAAAGAUCAUUGCUUGGUGGGCGUAAAGAAUUCAUCUCAGUUCUUGAAGUUUUAGAAAACAAGAUUCCUUUCUUGCAAGAUAUUUUAUUGAAUAUAAAAAAUUUGUCAAAUGUGAAAUCUAACUUAGGAAGAACACGUGCUUGGAUUCGAUUUGCUUUGAUGCAAAAAGUUUUUGCUGAACAAUUAAGCAGAAUUGUUGAAGAAAGACCCAUUUUAAGUGAAUGGUAUGAGGAUUACAGCAUGAUACUGUCUGAUGAAAUGCUAGUAAUUAGUGGUUUAUUAGUUGGAUUAAAUGUCAUUGAUUGCAACUUUGAUCUGAAGAGCACAGAUUUAGAUAUGCAAAAUAGUGUUAUUGAUAUUAGUAUUUACUUACGCGAUGGAAAUUAUUUGGAAAAAUCAGUUGAUAACAAAGGUUUGGAUUCUACUGAUGGUCCAAAGUUAGAUGUUAUUCUAGAUCAAAAAGCAUAUUUGGAGCAAAUAAAUAAAACUCUCAAUGAUUCAAACACUAUUUUAAAGCAGCAAACAAAGGAUUUUAUUGAGCGUGAAACAGUGAUUACUAAAGAGGUUGACUUAUUGAAAAAUCAAUUGCUUGCUUCCAUUGCAGAACGAGAUAAAUACAAAUAUGAUUAUGAGAAGCUCUUGUUAGAUCAUAAUCAGACUAUAAAGACUGUGACUUCAGAUUUUGAUGUUGAAAGAGAAACCCACCAGCAAUCUCGAGCUGGUCUGAAUGAAAUGUACUUAAAAGUGCAAGCUGAUUUGGACAGAGUUACUUUAGAGAAAAAGGAGCUAGAGAUUAUGAUGAAUGAUCACAUUGCCAUGAACAAAGAAAAAAUGUUGGCAAUGGAACUGCUUGAGAAGGAUAUCAAUGAUAAACAAGAAAUUAUAACUUCAUUGAGACGACAAUUAGAAGACAUAAAAAAAAUUAAUCUAGAAAUGCAUAAAAAGUGGCAGACAAGUGAAACUUUGCUUAAGAAGAAUGAAUCAGAAUAUGCUUCCUUGGAAAUGAAACUUAACAAUUCAAUUUCUCAAGUAAAAGAAAUGGAAAAAAAUUUAUCGGAAGUAGAGCAAAUUAAAAAACAAGAAGAAGAAAAAGUUUUAAAUAAUAAUACAAAAUUUCAAAAUGAGAGACAAAUACUUCAAACUGAUUUGAAAAUUGAGCGUGAAUGGAGGAUUGGCCUUCAAUCAGAAAUUGAGAAUAAUAUUAAAAAGUUGCAAAAAUUAGAGUACGAGCUUAAUCAGCUCACAGAGACAGUAAAGGAAAAUGAAUCUAUGAAAAAAAAACUUCUUGAAAGUGAAAAGACUUGUGCUGAGUUAGAAACGGCUCUAGAAGAAAUGGGCAAGAAACUUAAUAUGUCGCAUUCCCAAGUUGAUGAAAUGAGAGAGCUGCAGAUUGCAAUGAAAGAUAAGCUAUGGCAAGAAGAUAAAGAUGCCAAUGAAUGUCAACUUUGCAUACAGCAGUUUUCACUAUCUAAACGAAAACACCAUUGUCGAAACUGUGGUGGGAUAUUCUGUCAUUCAUGCUCGGACAAUACUCUUGCUCUAAAGUCCUCUGCAAAACCUGUGCGUGUUUGUGAUACAUGCUAUGAAGCACUACUUUCCAGAUGCACUCCGAAACCUAACUGAAAUUCAUUCUUUUAGACCUCCUAAUCCCAGCAACUUUAAAAAACCUUGAUAAAUGUAUAUGUGAUUGUAAUGUGAAUGUAAAUGAUAAGUGAC